CGCAGCCCUGUACCGUACUCCAUUUUCCAUUUUCUUAUUUUUUAUGCGCAAACAUUUUUAUUUUAUUUUGAACGCUUCAGAAAUGAUGAAACAAAAGUGAAGCACACACUCUCAACGACUACGACGAUCUGUCUCAAAGAAACCUGUUUUGACGGAUGGAAUGAAUGAAACCACUUUAGAGACAAAGGGCAACAAAUCUGUCGGCAAAUUUUUAUUUCAGUGAAACAAAGAGGAGGAGACGGCAUGCCACCCAAACGCAAGGUCGAAAGGAAAUCGGCAGGGUCGAGCGCCGGAAACAGGGGUGCCGGCCUCGGAAGCAAGGCGGGCAACACCAACGAUUUGCCGGCCUCGGCGGGUUACCUCAUAUCCUGCGAUGUCCCCACYAAAAAAUAUAUCCAGCACCUCAACGAUCUCAAAACUCAGGACAAGAAAUUCAUCCUAGACGACCUGGAUUCUACCCAUUUGUUAAUACACAAAAAAGCCCGAGCAGAAAUCGAAAAAAAGGUGGAAGCAUGGAUGGACGCCGUAAGUCAAGCGGGAUUCCUUUGUUUUGGGUUWAAUGUGURUUUUGGUUCGUUUGGAUUUCUAAACAACACUAUUGACCGAUUCAAUUUCCUUCGUAUUUUCAGAAUGUUUUCUCCGCCAUCGAACGCGUGGGAGAGAACCUCGAUAUGUCGUGACGAACGAAUUAGAAUGUCAGAGAUAGUUGGUUUAACGCUGUCCACAGGAUUUUUGCCGGGGAUAUUCUGUCACUCGUUCUUCCUGAGUUCUGGUACUUCUCAAGCCGAGACCAUAAAACCACGGAAGAAUUUAGUCACGAUGGGAUACCAUAUGAAAUGUGAAUUUUCGACGACGCUAUUUGUAGCAAAUCAARCUUUCUGCGAGAAAGUCCACUUCUUUUUUGUCUCUAUUUGGAUAUUAUCUUUCGGAAGCAAAACUUCCGGUUGAUCUGAAUUUUAGCAUGGACAAUAUAGUAACGCGUAGUUCGUACUUUGUACAAACAAUGACAAAAGAUAAUUCAAUAUUAAAGCAUACUUUUACAGCAUAAAGAAUAAUUGAUUACCCUUUUUAAUUACAACAUAUUUCUCGCAACAGAAAACAAAAAAAUUUUACAGUGUUUCUUUUCUUCAUACAACAAAAUUUGGGUGUACGUACAGGCUCCUAUGUACAUUGGUCGACAAACCUCAUACUGAAGAACACAUCAAUCGUCCCCCCCCUCGGGUUCCCAGACCUGUUGACUCCAAACUUCCCUCAUUUCUCGACUCAAAUGGGGAUGGAUUCGAUCAAAUUCGAAUGGCUCUGCGGCAAAACAAACCAAGAUAGUGUUGACUGCGCCCCCCACGAGUCCAAGAAGCAAGAUAUUUGAUAAGAUGGAACCGAGGAAAAACCCAAUCAAAAAGGAUGUCACAAUCGGCUUGUGCAAUGACGUGAAUUCGUAUCCAUCUACUUCUUCUACCACAACGGACACUAUUCCAGUCAAGCCCCCAAUGACGAUUGAGGUCAUGAACAAGAUGUUGUGGAUUAAAUUGUCGCAUGCAAUGUCCAUCCAUUCACGCGUUUCGAACAACUGUAUGGCUUUCUCUCCACCUUCACAAAAUGAGUAAUUGUACAUACCGAUGUAAACGUACGACCAACGAUUGUAGGACCGCAUCGCACGAUCUAGGCGAUUAAUGUGUGCCCUGAAAGCAGUUACAUACCCCGAUUCUUUUGUGGUUGCGCUCCCAGUCAUCUCUCCUUCAUCUCCACCGCUGCCAACGACAUCUUCCUCGUCCCCCAGAGCUUUGUCGCUUUCGGAACCCCGUGCCAGCGAUGUAKUUGAAGGAUACCGAUUGGUUUCAAGACCGUAACCCGGACUCGAACCAUCACCAUCUACAAGGCAGUCGGUAAUCCAGCAYAAGCAACCAACCACCUUUGAAAUCAUUUGUGCCGGACGGUCCACAAGCGAUCCGAAACAAAUUGUUCCGAAAGAACUUGUGCAGGCUCGCAUCAGUGGGUCCGAUACAAUGCUACUUGAGUAGGGGAUAGAGUGAUCGUUCUCCUCGGAUGGCUGUUGUUGCGCUUGGUUGGCAGCAUCGUCCGUUCCGCUGUUUUCUACUUCUAAACCGAACCACCACGGUCCACCGAUGGCACCGGCCACCGCCACUCGCACCAUGUUCUCGAUCACCGUUGUUGUCCAAUAAAGGCUCAACAGCAGCAAUCCAACUUCGAUGAUYCUGUCAUCUUUAGAAAUAUAGACAUGGGUCUCGCAUGCACCAAAUAUUUCGCAAUCGACAUAAUUGUUCCGAUUGAAAAUCCCCAUCAAUGCCACCGUCCAGAUCAGCAACCAAAGCAACCCCACAAAAAGAGAGGAAAUACCCAUUACGAGAAUUCCAAUCGAACUUCGCAUGGCACAAAUGGCUGCAAAUAGAUUGGUGCUGCAAAAUGGGAUGUGGUUCCAGUUGGCCGUAGUGUARGCAAAACUCAUACCAAAGACCGCAAAUCCACCGAGUGAUAUCAUCGAUCCCGCGGUCGUGUCAAUUGUCAAACCGAAUACUCCCCAGCAGAGCAUCAACAAUAUAGUAAAAACCAGCAUGAUGGGGAUAAUGGAGCGGGCCAUAAUUAGCAUCAGAGCGAAACUCAGAUACGAGGUAACGCACGCAUACAUGCCAGAGAUUGCGAGAAGCGACAAUACAUUUUURUAAUCAAACGUAAAUGCUCCGUCUAUCCCAUUGUCGCUUUCGUUCUCGUUAAAWGCAGCAAGUUUUGCUGCAUCGAUGUCAUCAUCACGGUCGUCAUCAAAAUCCAACAUAACGAGCGUCGACGAUCCUGCUUCAGGAUUGAUUUCGACAGAGGAUGUUCCUKUUGUUGAGGCAAUUGUGGAAAGUGAAGCCAACGGAAAUGAUGGUUGUAUGACAGAAGUCAAAUCUUCCAAYAGCCCUUUUGUUCCUGACGACUKAUAAAAAAUUAAUCCAUCUUUG